ACAAACCGUCAACAUCAUCAAUUUAGUUUUGCAGAGUUUUCAUUUAAAUGUUUUAAUUUUCCUUCUUUAAAAUAAACAUAAUGGAUAUUUCUGCUUUAUCCGAAGACAAAUUCGAUCCGGUCGAUUGGAUAAAUAAUAAUUUCAAAAAAUUCGGCGAAGAGACAAAAUCGAAUGCUACCGGCGAUUCGGAAGUAGCUGUGGAAUUUAUUAACAACUAUGUAUCCAAAUUACAAUUGUACGUACAGCAAGUAAACUAUGCCAUUGAAGAGAGUAGCCAACAGCUGGUGGCCAGUAUGCCGAGAGUGGUUAAAGAUGCUAAAAAUCUUCACAACGAUGUCAAGGAGUUGCAGCAGCGUAUGUUGAUAAUGCGUCAAGAAGUAGCCGCUGUACAAGAGGAGACUGGUGAAUGUAUGGCUACUCUGGAGCGAUUGAAUACCAUGCAAACGAAGCUGCAGACGGCAAAGGAAUCGUUACAAGAAUCAGAUGGUUGGGGUAAUUUGAUAGCAGAACUGGAGGAUAGUUUUGAGAGGAACGAUUUGAAGAGUGUCUGCGACAAAAUAUCAGCUUUACAAAAGAGUCUACAAGCGCAAGAGCAAUUGCCCGGCCAUUCUGAUCGACAAUCUCAAGUUGAAGACUUCAAAAAUCGUCUCGAAGCAUUAGCCUCACCAAAUGUUGUACAAAGCUUUGCUGAAGGCAGUAUAGAGCAAGCUCAACGUUAUGUUGGCAUAUUUACGGCAAUUCAAAGAAAACCACAGCUGUUACAAUACUACCGAGCUGUGCAGAAAACUACAUUGCAGCAGCAAUGGAAACAAACCUUGGAAUUGCAAGCUUCCGAAGCGUCAGGACAACAACAGCAUUUUCUUACGCUGUUCUAUGAUCAAUUGGUGGAAAACUGUCAACGUCAAGUGAAAUGGUGUUCUCAGGUAUUCGAUGAUGAAGAGGCCCAACAACAACCAUUUGUUUUGCUCACUGAACUCUUGCCAGCUCUACAGCCGUCGCGUGAUAAUCACAUCUUACAAUUACUAAAAACCUGCAAUGAACGUUUGGAUUUACUGCAACAAUUUGCUCAGGCUAAUCAUAAUUUUGUACUGCAACUGAAUGCCCACAUGGAGCAGUCUUCGAUUAAUUUAACCAAAGACUUGAAACAACAAUUGGGUAUUUCCAUUUACGAGUAUUUCCAUAAAUUCAUACAACAAUAUCCACGCCUCGAGGAGACACAAUUAUCUACUCAGGUUGAUCGUGUUUUGACCACCCAGCCACAUGCCAGUGAUGCAGUGCGUCAUUUGAAGGAUAUUACAAGCAAACUUUUCAGUUGGCUACACGAAUCACUUAACAGAUGUUCGAAUAUUACCAGUGAUUUGGCCCUCUGCAAGCUAAUCAAUUUAUUGGGUGGCAUAUUUAAACGUUUAAUGGAACAAUUCUCCAAAACACAAAGACAACUUUCUCUUAAUCUGGGAAAUUCAGCAAAUAACACCAACAGUGACAGUAAUUGGUCCAUGUUGCAAUACACGCUGGCCCUGUUGGAAUGUCUGGCUGAUUUCCAGCAAAAAUUACAAAAAUUUGAGAAAACUUUACAGGAACGCAUGACAACAUUGGAGCAUAAAUUAAAGGAAAAUCAAUUGUUAAAUAUAAAUGUGUAUCAAACAUUUGAGGUAGCAGAACAGCAACGUAUUUUAAACUCAAUCGCAGAAUUUCAACAAAAACGUUUAGAAACGAAUCAAGAUGCAAACAGUACUUCAGUGGGCAUAUUUGCCCAUAUAUACGAUGCUUUGAAAACUCAUUUUGUUGAAACUCAUGAUAUAACACUCAAUAUACUAUUGCAACCUUUGGACUCACAUCUCUCGGAAAUACAACCGCCCACUGAAUUGUCGCAGGGGCAUGUUCAGGAUAUGCCAGCCUUUAGUUUCGCUCCGCAAGAAAGCAUUACACAAAUUGGUCAGUAUUUGCUAACAUUGCCACAACAUUUGGAACCCUUAUUGCUGUCACCUUCAACGCUUCUCAAGCAGGCUUUAGAAAUGUGUCACAUCAAAUAUUCCCAACCCAUACCUAGUGCUGAUAUUUUACUAUCACUAGUAGUGGCUCAUUGCUGUGUUUUGUAUCAAUCACAAAUUCUGCAAAUCAAAUCCCUUACAAGUUCGGCCUCAAAACAAUUGUCUGUUGACAUUGAAUAUCUGGCGAGUGUUGUCGAUGAACUUGGUUUAACCCUCAACACAUCUCUUACCCAAAUAUUGACGUUGCUAAAAGCAUCACCCGAAAACUAUCUUUCACUAAGUGCUGGCUGUGAGCCGCGUUUAGUAACGGCUGUUAGACAAAUGCGCAAUAUAAUAUCAACGCAGUAAGUUGUUUACUUUAAUAUUUGUAAUACUAUUUUUACAUUUCUUUUUAAAAUAUGCGUCUAUGUGUUUUGCGUAGUUGUGAAUAUGUAGACAUUCCCAUGAAUAUGUAUUAUGUUAUAAUCAAUAAUAAAUAUAAUUAUUAUGCA